UCUACAGGGAAAUGAGGCGAGUUAUCCUUUGGAGAUGUGCUCACACUUUGAUGCUGAUGAGAUUAAAAGACUAGGAAAGCGGUUUAAGAAACUCGACCUGGAUAACUCGGGUUCUCUCAGUGUGGAGGAGUUUAUGUCUCUACCAGAGUUGCAGCAGAACCCGCUGGUGCAGCGAGUCAUCGAUAUAUUCGACACAGACGGAAAUGGAGAAGUGGACUUUAAAGAGUUCAUUGAAGGCGUCUCUCAGUUCAGCGUCAAGGGCGACAAGGAGCAGAAGCUCCGCUUUGCGUUCAGGAUUUAUGACAUGGAUAAGGAUGGCUACAUAUCCAACGGUGAGCUGUUCCAGGUGCUGAAGAUGAUGGUAGGGAAUAACCUGAAGGACACCCAGCUGCAGCAGAUUGUCGACAAAACCAUCAUCAACGCAGACAAGGAUGGGGACGGGAGGAUAUCUUUCGAGGAGUUCUGCAUUGUGGUUGGUGGCUUAGACAUUCACAAAAAGAUGGUGGUGGACGUGUGACAAGAUGGAACAGGCCCUUCACUGAACACACACUUUUCACUUCUCCAUUUCUGAGAAUCAGCUCCAGAUGUUCCGCUAACACGCUCUCUCUCUCUCUCUCUCUCUCUCUCUGUCUGUCGCUCUUUUUCUUGCUCUCUCUCUUUCUAUGGAAGUAUUUCUCUGAAUGAUGCCUCUGUUCUCCGUCUGUACUCCCUGAGCCUUGUGACGCCUGCCAUCCUAAGUGUUAUAGAGCAUGAGAUUCUUCUGUCCACAUUCUCGGGUAUUUAAGGACAGUCAGAGAGACGAUUUCUCUAUCGAUUACCGAGCGACUCAGUGUGGUAGAGAAGGAAGAGAGGAGGGGGUGUGUGUUAGCGUGUGUGUGUGUGUGUGUGUGUAUGCAUGUUGGUACGUUCUUUAUUUUUCUUUUUGAAGGGGGGAUUUUUGUAUUUAUUUUGGUCCUGUCUUUUUUAAAGAUGAUCUAGGUCUACUGGGAAUAUGUGUAUGUGAGCGAUAUAUAUGACUUGACACUUGAUUUCAGUGCAACACGCUUCAAGCAUGAAGUGCCAAUCGAAACAUGGGCCUAUACAUGGGAUUUAACAAUAGCUGAAUAUUGGAAUCGCUAUCUGAUGUUCUUCAUGUCAUGGGGAGAUUAAAAAAAAGUUUAUUAUC